AUGUUUUUCACGAUCUUAUUGGGAAGAAUCUCCAGUCGAAUUCCUGAGCCAAAAGCAUAUCCGAUAAUCGGAAAUUUAUUUCAUAUUCACCUUGAUAAUGAGUUUUACCCCAUCUACAGAUUAUGGUUCUUAUUUUUUUCAUUUGUAACUAUAAUUCAUCCAGAAGGUAUUGAGGUACUAUUGAAGAGUACCCAAAAUAUAGAAAAAAGUAUACCUUACAAAUUCUUACGACCCUGGCUUUCCGAUGGAUUAAUAACUAGUGCAGAAACGGCGAUGGAAAUUCCUUUAAAAGAGGCUAGCGAAUUUGAAGUUAAAUAUCGUAAUGCUGUUCUUAAUUUCAGCAGAACCGUGAUAAUAAGACCUUGGUAUCAUUUCGAUACUAUAUUUGCAUUUUCGCGACUUGGUCGGAUACAAAAGGAAUUAUUGAAUACACUUCACGGUUUGGCGAAGAAGAUAAUAGCAGAAAGGAGACUUUUCCACGAACAAACUAAGAACAAAUAUUUAGAAAAUAUUGAAAAAUUGCACGAGGAUCAUAUUUCUUCCGAAACGAUCAAAGAAAAUAAUGAAAAUUCGAUAUUCAAGAAUAGACUGGCUACGCUAGAUUUAGUUAUAGCCGCUUCUCUAAAAGAUAAUCAACUCGAUGAGGAAGGAACACGAGAAGAAGUCGAUACUUUUGUGUUUGCAGGUCACGACACUACGGCAAUGGCCUUAUGUUUCUCUUUACUUCUUUUUGCCAAACACAUAGAUGUUCAGGAACGUAUUAGAAACGAAGUCAACGCAGUUAUGCAAGAAAAAGAUGCUCAACUGACUGUUUCGAUCGUUCGAGAAUUUUCAUACUUGGAGAGAUGUAUAAAAGAAUCACUUAGUUUGUGUUUUUAUUGA